GCAACUUCUUCGCAUUUAGCCCCCAGACGCCAAUUUUGUGGCUUAUUGAUUUCUUUUCUUUUUUCUUUUUUCUUUUUUUUUUAACCUCGACUCCGAUUUUCUUUUCCCUCUUCCUUUUUUUUUUCUCUACCUCGCAUUUUCGAAUUGGAUAUCCUAUACCUACCUGGGUACCUAUACUAUAAACUAAACCUCCUAGCUAGAUACUCACCUCUAUAUCCACACCCACCACCGCAAUGGCAUUCCGCCUCGCCCUGCGCCGCGGGCCCUGCGCCUUCUCCCCUGCGUCGGCUUCUGCUUCGUUCGCAGCACGCCGCUUCCACGCCACGCCGCGCGCCUUUGUGAAGGUCGGCGAGCCGAUCCCCAGCUUGGAGGUGCUGCAGGAGGGGUCCCCAGGCAACAAGGUCAACCUGGCGCAGGAGUUCGAAGCGGCGAACGGGGUGAUUGUCGGCGUGCCCGCGGCGUUCUCGGGCGCGUGCUCAGAGAAACAUGUCCCGAGCUAUAUCCAGAGCCCGAAGCUGAGGGAUGCGGGCAGGGUGUUUGUUGUUAGUGUUAAUGAUGCUUUUGUCAUGAAGGCAUGGGGUGAUCAGCUUGAUCCCACACAUGAGUCCGGUAUCCGAUUCCUGGCUGACCCCGCCGGCGAAUUCACCAAGGCCUUAGACCUAGGCUUUGACGCCCCGGCCAUCUUCGGCGGCAUGCGGGCCAAGCGCUAUGCCUUGGUCGUCGAGGACGGCAAGGUCAAGUCGGUGCACGUUGAGCCGGAUAACACCGGAAUCGACGUUUCCAUGGCCGACAAGGUUCUGGGUUAGACGUGGUUAUGUGGGUUAGUUGAUGUGGAUGGGCUAUUAAAAAGAUCUCGUUCCGAGGCACGUAGAAGACUGCGGUCGUUUGUAUAUAAACGGAUACGAUGAUUUGAUGACACUUUUGGCUUUUGCUCACAACGUCGUUACCUAGCUGCUGUAGCCCGCGCUCGCUGAUUAGUCUAAAGUAAAUACGCAAAAUAUUAUAUCUUAGAAGGCUUGAUACUGCUCUAAGGGGGCUAUCGUUCCGAUGACUAGUUCUGGCAGGACUGCGUCAACAGACCGCCUUACCUUAAGAUAUGGUAUACCCAUUCUCAUACCAUAUAAAACUACAAGUGAAC